GUGUUGCACGAGCGUGUUAGGGGCUAGGGAGCCGCCCGCUAUUCCUAUUGCGCAUGUGUGGGAGGGUUUCCCUGACAGCGAGGGAAACCUGGCAGUGGUGGAGGAGUGCUGACCACUAGCCUUCUGUUCGCUUGCGCCCACCUGAUCUCUAAUUUGGGCCCGUGUCUACGGCCCUCGACGGCUCUAUGUGCCCAUCCUACUUGUGCGCUUUGGGUCUGCCGAAAGGGCUGCUUAUGAGAGUGCUCUUUUUAAGACAAUUUAAAAAAAGCAGUGGAAUGGAAAGAAAAUGCUUCAGGCGCCCCGGGUUAGGCCCACCGACUCUGUACACAUUCCUGUUAGGUGUCAUAUUCAUCACUCUAAGUUCAAGUCGCAUCUUACUGGUCAAAUACUCUGCCAACGAAGAGAACAAGUAUGACUACCUCCCUACUACUGUGAAUGUGUGCUCAGAGCUGAUGAAGCUGAUUCUCUGUAUACUUGUGUCCCUCUGCAUUGUGAAGAAAGAUCAUCAAAGUAAACAUGUGAGAUGUACUUCCUGGAAGGAAUUCUCCGGUUUCCUGAAGUGGUCCAUUCCUGCCUUCCUGUACUUCCUGGACAACUUGAUUGUCUUCUAUGUCCUAUCCUAUCUUCAGCCUGCCAUGGCUGUUAUCUUCUCGAAUUUUAGCAUUAUAACAACAGCUCUUCUCUUCAGGAUAGUGCUGAAGCGGCAUCUAAACUGGAUCCAGUGGGCUUCCCUCCUGAUUCUGUUCUUGUCUAUCGUCGCCCUAACUGCCAGUACCAAAACGUCACAGCAUGACUUGGCAGGACAUGGAUUUCAUCACGAUGCCUUCUUCACCCCAUCUAAUUCCUGCCUUCAUUUCAGGAGAGACUGUUCCCUAGGAGACAAUUGUACAUCGAAGGAGUGGGCUUUCAGCGACGUCCAGUGGAACAGCACAGCCAGAGUCUUUAGUCACAUCCGUUUGGGCUUGGGCCACGUUCUGAUUAUAGUUCAGUGUUUUAUUUCCUCAAUGGCCAAUAUCUACAAUGAGAAGAUCCUGAAGGAAGGGACACAGCACACUGAGAGCAUCUUCAUACAGAAUAGCAAGCUUUAUUUCUUUGGCAUUGUGUUUAACGGGCUGACCCUGGUCCUUCAGAGCAGUAAUCGUGAUCAGAUUCAGAACUGUGGGUUUUUUUAUGGCCACAAUGCAUUUUCAGUAGUCCUUAUUUUUGUGACUGCCUUCCAGGGCCUUUCAGUGGCUUUUAUCUUGAAAUUCUUAGAUAACAUGUUUCAUGUCUUGAUGGCCCAGGUGACAACUGUCAUCAUCACAACAGUGUCCGUCCUGGUCUUUGACUUCAGGCCCUCUCUGGAUUUUUUCCUAGAAGCCCCAUCAGUCCUCCUCUCCAUAUUUAUUUAUAAUGCUAGCAAGCCUCAACAUCUAGAAUGUGCACCUAGGCAAGAAAGGAUCCGAGAGCUAGGUGGCAAUCUUUGGGAGCGUUCCAGUGGGGAUGGAGAAGAGCUGGAACGACUUACCAAACCCAAGAGCGAUGACUCAGAUGACGACACUUUGUAAUGGUACCUGGUUGGUGGACAUCUCCCACUGUCUUUGCACAUUUUCAGCAUUUGUGGCAAUUGUCUUUCUGAUAAACUGGUGAUGAUUGAAAGCAUAAUAUUCUUUACAUGUAUCUAACCACUGAAUUAAUAGCUCCAUCCAAGACCUAUAGAAGCCACAGGGUGGCAGCGUUCUGAGCCAUGAACUUAGGGCUGUGUGUAACUGAGUACUCGAUGAGUCAACAAGACACAUAUGCAGAUGGCUUCCUCAGCCUCCGGCUUCCAGAAAUCAUGUGAAUUUGACCCUACAGAUACACAAAUGGAGACAGCUUGCCAGAUACUAAUCAUCGUGUCAUAUCAUCUGUCUGCCAAGACCAUCUCUGUCUGUGUCAUUGUUAUAUUGUCUAGGCUGUCCCUCAGAUUUUGAGGCCUUAGCAAUAGUCACUUUGCUUUUAUUAAAGCAGUAAGACUCUAAAAGUUUGGGCUGAAAGACCUAAGUAUCUGGCUGUGCCAUAGACUUUAAAUAACUUCCUUUGUGAUAAAUAUUUUUAAGCCUAUUCAGAAAUAAAAUUUCAAAUUUUUAUUUGUUUUUUUUUGUAACUUAUAAGAAAUUGUAUUCUUAGUAAUCAUCUUUUUUUUUUAAGCUUUAUUUACAUGUAGUUGGUUGCUACGUUAUCACGGUUAGCACUUGUAUUUUACAUCACCUAAGCCAUUGUGGACUUUGUUUGUUUGUUUGUUUGUUUGUUCCAUCCCCGGUUUGUACAUUUACAAAAUCUUAACGUCAUUACCUUUUAAUGUUGAGUUAUUGUGCUGAGAAUUAAGUUAUUUUAUUUUUGAGUUACUGAACUCUGUAACUGUUACCUACCUUCCUUUGUAUAAUAUCCUAUUCUAAAAGUCAAGACUCUGGCUUUAGGACACCUUUAUAAGAAUCCUUUUGUAAAAACAAUAAUGACUUUUAAAUAGAGUAGUAUUACUCCAAGAGGGCCAGUAAUCAGUAAGUCACCUCUCAACAACACUUCCUAUUUAUAAGUGCAUGGUAUUCUCAAGCUAGGUUUGCAUGUAGCCAGUUGACACUCCAUUGCUAGAGCAGUCACGUGACAGUAAUUAAAAUGUAAGGAAAUAGAGGGACCAGUCCCGGGCGUCAUAGCUGAGUGGUACUAGAAGCAAGCUUCACACCUGUGUGCUUACACACCCUGACAUUGUAAACGGAAUUGUAAGCUACCAUGCGGUUUCACAGUCCUUCUUUAAGUCUCCAUGCACUUGUAUAAAAGAUAUUACUAUUAUUAUAAUCUACCUGUCUACCAAGAAAAAUAUAACUGUCAAUCAUUGCUAAAACUUUUUAAUUAAAGUAAGUACUAAACUCA